UUUGUAUGAUUCAAAACCACUUUCUUUCUCCUGCUCACGCAACAGUUGACACUUUCCUUUCACAUCUGAGUUGUUCGUGAUCUACAUUCAUUCAAAAGUUUGUAUUUUUUUUUUUAUUAGUUGAUCCUAGUUGGUUCUAAGAGAAAGCUGCUAUCUCCCACUUCUUUGGAGAAGCUAAGAUAUAGAUUUCUUUAACCAGAAAGAAGAAAAGAAAUUAAACAAAAAAAAAAAAUCUAGUGAAGAUCAUUUUAGCAGACCUUUCAAUGUGAUUAUUCUUACCAGCUGCUGCUUUUACUUACGUAGUAUUCUUUCAUUUAUUAGUUGUCUGAAUUCUGCUUUUAAAUCCAUCGUACUCCUGAUAGAAUUCUUUAUUUAUCUUCUGCAACCUGAAAAUUUUUCAACUUCUCUGCCAGUAAAAAUGGGCAAAGCUCAGGACAUAGCAUUCUACAUCACAGUUUGCUGCAUUGCUUUCAUUACAUCCAAGAUAAUUAUUUCCUUCCUCCUCUACAAGAGAUGGAAAAGAAAGCACUUGAUGUAUGAAGAUGGCUUCUCAGGUGACAGAGGGAAGCUGGUUUUGUUCAAGUCUGCAACAAUGCAGCAGCCUCUAUCGUCUGAUGUGUUGUUGAAGAAAACUUUGAAAUUGAGCAACAAGGACAUCAUUGGCUCUGGAGGGUUUGGAACUGUUUACAGAUUGACCAUAAAUGAUUCCGUGGCCUUCGCUGUCAAGAGACUAAACAGGGGAAGUGCAGAGAGAGAUCGAGGUUUCGAAAGAGAGUUGGAAGCUAUGGGAGAUAUCAAGCACAGGAAUGUUGUCACUCUUCAUGGAUAUUACACUGCACCUCACUACAAUCUUCUCGUAUAUGAGUUAAUGCCAAAUGGAAGUUUAGAUGCAGUUCUGCACGGUAAAUCAAAGGAGAAGAAGGAUUUGGACUGGGAAUCCAGAUAUAGGAUAGCACUAGGUGCUGCAAGAGGCAUUUCAUACCUGCAUCAUGAUUGCAUCCCGCACAUAAUUCAUAGAGAUAUCAAGUCUAGUAAUAUAUUGCUGGAUCAGAAAAUGGAAGCUCGAGUAUCUGAUUUCGGAUUGGCUACCUUGAUGGAACCUGAUAAGACUCAUGUAUCAACAUUUCCAGCAGGGACUUUUGGAUACUUGGCUCCUGAGUACUUUGAUACAGGGAAGGCAACUGCAAAAGGAGAUGUUUAUAGCUUUGGAGUUGUUCUUUUAGAACUUUUGACUGGAAAGAAACCCACAGAUGACGCAUUCUUUGAGGAAGGGACUAAGCUGGUGACAUGGGUCAAGGCAGUUGUUGAAGAUAAGAGGGAAGAGCACGUAGUUGACAAUAGCCUGAAGUGUGGACCGAUCGAUGAGAUUAAUAAUACAUUCAGAAUUGCGUUUAUGUGCCUUGAACCAGAGCCCUCUAUGAGACCUACCAUGGCUGAGAUAGUCAAGAUGCUUGAGCAAGUAAAAUCAGACAAGGCUGUAAAUGAUUCUUUUAGUAGUUUGCUUAUGGGUUGAUACUUUUCAAAGCAAAGUUGAUUGUACUUGAACAGAAUCUUAACAAAUUUUCUUUGGGGUA